GAAGUUAAUUUUCUUCUUCACAGCAAGAUUUUGCUUCUGUCGGCAGCAUCGCUCAAGGAUCUGCCUACUUAAGAAUAGUGCUGUAGCUCGGAGGUUGAAACAAAUUGAAAGAAAAAGAAAGGCGAGCGGCUUGUGUGAUUUUAUCAGAGAGCGAGAGAGAGAGAGAGAGGGAAAAAAAGAGUCAGCGAGAGAGAUAUAGUGAAGCCGGGGACGACCGUUAAUUUAAUUCACACUGUCUUGAUCGUGUGCGAGUGCGGGAGACGGUCGGUAACGUAUUGUUGCAACAUCACCUCCGGUCCACCACCGAGUGAGUCCCGUGGAUUACAGGAGCGUGAAGAAGUAGAAUUCAUGCCUACUUUCGACAUGGAUCCCUAUGACGGAGAUGAAAAUAAUUACAUGCCUCAGGAAGAUGACUGGGACCGGGAUAUGCUGUUGGACCCGGCGUGGGAGAAGCAGCAGAGAAAGACGUUCACGGCCUGGUGUAACUCCCACCUGAGGAAAGCAGGAACGCAGAUCGAGAACAUCGAGGAGGACUUCAGAGACGGACUGAAACUCAUGCUGCUGCUUGAGGUCAUAUCAGGAGAGCGCUUGGCCAAACCAGAGAGAGGGAAGAUGAGAGUCCACAAGAUCUCCAACGUCAACAAAGCUCUCCACUACAUAACCAGUAAAGGAGUCAAACUGGUGUCCAUUGGAGCUGAAGAGAUCGUCGACGGCAAUGCUAAAAUGACCCUGGGAAUGAUCUGGACCAUAAUCCUUCGCUUCGCCAUCCAGGACAUCUCUGUGGAAGAAACAUCAGCCAAAGAGGGUCUUCUUCUGUGGUGCCAGAGGAAGACUGCUCCCUACAAGAAUGUCAACAUUCAGAACUUUCACAUUAGCUGGAAAGAUGGGUUGGGAUUCUGUGCUCUCAUUCACAGACACCGUCCAGAGCUCAUUGACUAUGGCAAGCUGCGCAAGGAUGACCCCAUGACUAACCUGAACACAGCCUUCGACGUGGCAGAGAAGUACCUGGACAUUCCCAAGAUGUUGGACGCUGAGGACAUCGUGGGCACGGCCCGCCCGGAUGAAAAGGCCAUCAUGACCUACGUGUCUAGCUUCUACCACGCAUUCUCUGGCGCCCAGAAGGCGGAGACGGCAGCCAAUCGGAUCUGCAAGGUGCUUGCUGUCAACCAGGAGAAUGAGCAGUUGAUGGAGGAUUACGAGAAGCUGGCUAGUGAUCUUCUAGAGUGGAUCCGUCGCACCAUCCCCUGGCUGGAGAACCGUGCUCCAGAGAACACCAUGCAGGCCAUGCAGCAGAAGCUGGAGGACUUCAGGGACUAUCGCCGUCAACACAAGCCCCCCAAGGUCCAGGAGAAGUGCCAGCUGGAGAUCAACUUUAACACCCUGCAGACCAAGCUGAGGCUCAGCAACAGACCUGCCUUCAUGCCUUCUGAGGGGAAGAUGGUGUCGGACGUCUCUAACGCGUGGGGCGGCCUGGAGGGGGCUGAGAAGGGUUAUGAGGAGUGGCUCCUUAACGAGAUACGUCGUCUGGAGAGACUCGACCACCUGGCUGAGAAGUUUCGUCAGAAAGCAGCCAUCCACGAAGCCUGGACUGAAGGUAAGGAGGUGAUGCUGCAGGCGCGGGACUUUGAGACGGCCUCUCUGUCUGAGAUCAAGGCUCUGCUGAAGAAACAUGAGGCCUUCGAGAGCGACCUGGCCGCGCACCAGGACCGCGUAGAGCAGAUAGCUGCCAUCGCUCAGGAGCUAAAUGAGCUGGACUACUAUGACUCCCCCAGUGUGAACGCUCGCUGCCAGAACAUCUGUGACCAAUGGGACGCCCUGGGAGCCCUGACCCAGAAACGCAGCGAGGCUCUGCAGAGAACUGAGAAGCUUCUGGAGACCAUAGACCAGUUAUAUCUGGAGUUUGCCAAACGAGCUGCUCCGUUCAACAACUGGAUGGAGGGAGCCAUGGAGGACCUGCAGGACACCUUCAUAGUUCACACUAUAGAGGAGAUACAGGGCCUCAGUACAGCCCAUGAGCAGUUUAAAGCCACUCUUCCUGAGGCGGAUAAGGAACGCGGUGCCAUCCUGGGAAUCCACAAUGAGAUCGCCAAGAUAGUGGCCACCUAUCAUGUGAACAUGGCUGGCAGCAACCCUUACACCACCAUCAACCCUCAGGACAUCAACGCCAAGUGGGACAAGGUGAGACAGCUGGUGCCACAGAGGGACCAGGCCCUGAUAGAGGAACACGUCCGCCAGCAGAACAACGAACGUCUCCGGAGGCAGUUUGCCAACCAAGCCAAUGUCAUCGGGCCUUGGAUACAAACCAAGAUGGAGGAGAUUGGUCGUAUCUCUAUCGAGAUGCACGGAACCCUGGAGGAUCAGCUGACCCAUCUCCGCCAAUACGAGAAGAACAUCGUCAACUACAAGCCAAAGAUCGACCAAUUGGAGGGAGACCACCAGCUGAUUCAGGAAGCUCUGAUCUUCGACAACAAACACACCAACUAUACCAUGGAGCAUAUCCGUGUGGGCUGGGAGCAACUCCUGACCACCAUCGCCAGAACCAUCAACGAGAUCGAAAACCAGAUUCUGACGAGGGACGCCAAGGGCAUCAGCCAGGACCAGAUGAACGAGUUCAGAGCCUCCUUCAACCACUUCGACAGGGACCACUCAGGCACUCUGGGGGCUGAGGAGUUCAAGGCCUGCCUGAUCAGCCUGGGCUUCGAUAUAGCCAAUGAUGCACAGAAGAAAACAGGGAUGAUGGAAGCUGAAGACUUCAAAACCUGCCUUAUCUCCCUCGGUUACAACAUGGGUGAAGCAGAGUUCUCUCGCAUCAUGAGCAUCGUGGAUCCCAACCGGGUGGGUGUGGUCACGUUCCAGGCCUUCAUAGACUUCAUGUCCCGGGAGACGGCCGACACAGACACCGCUGACCAGGUCAUGGCCUCCUUCAAGGUCUUGGCUGGGGACAAGAACUACAUCCUGGCCGAUGAGCUUCGCCGUGAGUUGCCUCCUGACCAGGCAGAGUACUGUAUCGCCCGCAUGGCUCCCUACGCCGGCCCCGACGCGAUACCCGGCGCCCUCGACUACAUGUCCUUCUCCACCGCACUCUACGGAGAGAGUGACCUCUGAGUGACCUUUGACCCUUAAUAUGUGAGGUCACUCACCAGCCUACCUGCUCUUACCACAGCCCGCAAGACCCUCCUACUGCCCCGACACCGCAGCUCUGCUCUAGCAUAGGUCCCAUAUCUGUUUGUGUCGUCUUGCCAACUCCUUCUCACUCAUCGUUGUCACGCCAGUUUAGCAAAAGACAGGUCUGGCAUCAGGCUAGCCCUGCUCUACAACGCUUAAAACAGCACAGACAAAUCUGGCAUCAGGCUAGCCCUGCUCUACAGCCCUCAAAACAGUACAGAUAAGUCAGGCAUCAGGCUAGCCCUGCUCUACAGCGCUCAAAACAGUACAGAUAAGUCAGGCAUCAGGCUAGCCCUGCUCUACAAUGCUGAAAACAGCACAGACAGAUCUGGCAUCAGGCUAGCCCUGCUCUACAGCGCUCAAAACAGUACAGAUAAGUCAGGCAUCAGGCUAGCCCUGCUCUACAAUGCUGAAAACAGCACAGACAAAUCUGGCAUCAGGCUAGCCCUGCUCUACAACACUCAAAACAGCACAGACAAAUCUGGCAUCAGGCUAGCCCUGCUCUACAACACUCAAAACAGCACAGACAAAUCUGGCAUCAGGCUAGCCCCGCUCUACAACACUCAAAACAGCACAGACAAAUCUGGCAUCAGGCUAGCCCUGCUCUACAACACUCAAAACAGCACAGACAGAUCUGGCAUCAGGCUAGCCCUGCUCUACAACACUCAAAACAGCACAGACAAAUCUGGCAUCAGGCUAGCCCUGCUCUAUAACACUCAAAACAGCACAGACAAAUCUGGCAUCAGGCUAGCCCUGCUCUACAACACUCAAAACAGCACAUACAGAUCUGGCAUUAGGCUAGCCCUGCUCUACAACACUCAAAACAUCACAGACAGAUCUGGCAUCAGGCUAGCCCUGCUCUACAACACUCAAAACAGCACAGACAGAUCUGGCAUCAGGCUAGCCCUGCUCUACAACACUCAAAACAGCACAGACAGAUCUGGCAUCAGGCUAGCCCUGCUCUACAACGCUCAAAACAGCACAGACAAAUCUGGCAUCAGGCUAGCCCUGCUCUACAACACUCAAAACAGCACAUACAGAUCUGGCAUUAGGCUAGCCCUGCUCUACAACACUCAAAACAUCACAGACAGAUCUGGCAUCAGGCUAGCCCUGCUCUACAACACUCAAAACAGCACAGACAGAUCUGGCAUCAGGCUAGCCCUGCUCUACAAUGCUGAAAACAGCACAGACAGAUCUGGCAUCAGGCUAGCCCUGCUCUACAACACUCAAAACAGCACAGACAGAUCUGGCAUCAAGCUAGCCCUGCUCUACAACACUCAAAACAGCACAGACAGAUCUGGCAUCAGGCUAGCCCUGCUCUACAAUGCUGAAAACAGCACAGACAGAUCUGACAUCAGGCUAGCCCUGCUCUACAACACUCAAAACGGCACAGACAAAUCUGGCAUCAGGCUAGCCCUGCUCUACAACACUCAAAACAGCACAGACAAAUCUGGCAUCAGGCUAGCCCUGCUCUACAACACUCAAAACAGCACAGACAGAUCUGGCAUCAGGCUAGCCCUGCUCUACAACACUCAAAACAGCACAGACAAAUCUGGCAUCAGGCUAGCCCUGCUCUACAACACUCAAAACAGCACAGACAAAUCUGGCAUCAGGCUAGCCCUGCUCUACAACACUCAAAACAGCACAGACAGAUCUGGCAUCAGGCUAGCCCCGCUCUACAACACUCAAAACAGCACAGACACAUCUGGCAUCAGGCUAGCCCUGCUCUACAACACUCAAAACAGCACAGACAGAUCUGGCAUCAGGCUAGCCCCGCUCUACAACACUCAAAACAGCACAGACAAAUCUGGCAUCAGGCUAGCCCUGCUCUACAAUGCUAACAUGUCUUUUCGAUGUUCCUGGCCUCAUCUUAUAUGUCAUAAUCAUCUUGUCUGCCCCCCCCCCCCCCUUCCCUUUCCACCCCUCCCUCAUUCCUCCCUCCGCUAACCCCUUUACUGGUGUAGGGUGAAGUUCCCCUAGAUGCUGACCUGGGGUCAGUUUAGCACUUUCCCUACUAAUAGUUAAAGUUAGGUUUGAGGGAGUGAAAGCUGAUCCUAGAUCUGUACCAAAGGGAAACUUCACCCCGGGACGGAGCCAAGCCCCUUCCUUCCCUCACACUUUGUCUCAGUUGGACUUGCUUCCCAUGCAGAAACCCUCUCCAGGUUUACAAAAGGGAGAGAAAUGUGUUUUUAUUUUUCUUGUUGUUAUUGUUUUAUCUUCAUAAAAUGAAUAAAGCUAACAUAUUUUAUUAUACAGAACAAAAAAAUGGUAUUUUUCUUCACCUGGUAAAAAAAAGAAAGAAACAACAAUUGAAAUAAAAAUAAAUUGCUAUA